AGUGGCUCGCGCUGCCAGUCGCUGCUGCAGCUGGAGCUGGCUGUCUCUGGAUUAACGGACCGUCCUGUUAAUUCCUUCGCCUUUUUUAAGAUGGAUACCGGGCGUCGUGGCUUAUCCCCACUCGUGAACGUGCGUAUUGGAGUACGUUAUUCCAGUUACAUAUUUUGUAUGAAUACAAAUUGAAUCAAGUCUAUUCUCGUGUUUUGUGGAUGAUCUUACUUUUAACUCUCUUCUUUUGGUGAAUAGUUUUUGCAGCGAUAUAUAAGUUAUGGGUUGGUGCGACUUUGACGUUGAUCUAAUGAAAUGAAAACAGAGGUAGGACCUACGCGACGAUCUGCAUUUGAGAUGAGCGGAUUUGAGAACCAGAGCCGAGCAAACCCUCAUCCCAGCGACUACGUGUGGCAAUACGAGUACUACGACGACGAGGAACCGGUGUCUUUCGAGGGGCUUAGAGCCCACAGAUACUCCAUUGUGAUCGGCUUCUGGGUGGGCCUGGCUGUGUUUGUCAUCUUCAUGUUCUUUGUUCUCACUCUGCUGACCAAGACAGGAGCCCCCCCGCAUCAGGAUUUGUCACGCUUUAACAGACUGCUGAAGACGAAACCUGACCUCACAAACUCACCAUGCCCUCUUCUAAUUGGCUGCGGAGAGCUGUGCUCCCUCUUUUAUCUCCACCCCAGCGCCCCCACAGCCAUAUUGAGGUGUUCCAUUGGUGUUCCCAACCUGUCACGGAGUCUGUGGAACCCUGAGCCCUCGGAGAAGCGGCCCCGCCCUGGCAGCGCUCUGGAGGACUUCCCCCUGCCCGACGACCCGGAGAAGGCCUUCUCCCGCCCCCUGCUGGGCGAACCGCGCUCCUUCUUCCACUUCUACAUCAGCGAGGAGCCGCACCCCCAGCACCCUCAGAGGCGGAGCGCUCCGGGGGAGCAGGGGGGCCCGGCCGGGCACCACCCCAGGACGGGGCCUCAGGGCCGGGGCCGGGGACAGCCCGACGGCCACGGGUUCAGGGGCAUCAGCGCCUCGGUGACGGAGAGGGUGGCGGACGAGGAGGAGGAGGAACACGACGACGCCGGGCCACGGCCAAUCGGAGGAGGCGGCAGGGGAACUCGGAGGUCUGCAGACACGGAGGACGCGCUCAUGUCCCACUUUGACAUCCCCAACUUUGUGAACUCAGAGUCGCCCAGCACCUCGCUGGGGGACGACGACCUGUUGAUCUGUGAGACCGCCCUCCCCCCCAACAGCCCCCACAGCCGCUCCCAGGUCCUGGAAGCUCACCACUCCAUCGCCUGAAGAGGCCCAGCCUGGUUUUAUCAAAGAGAUACCGAGACGCCUCAUAUAUGCUCCUCCUCGCGUGUUUCUCCAAGGGAUAUAUAUGUAGCCUCUUGCACCGUCUGAUGUCUUUGUUUGGUUUUCGUUUGCGGCACUCGUAAAAUCAGAGUAGCCGAGAGCGGUUGGGAUAUAUUUGCGAAGACUACAGUAUUUGGUUCAAAGGUGCAAAGUUUUAUUUCACAGCCUCAAAUGAGGAACAACUCUUCAGUAAUGAUGAUUAUAUUGAGGCCAUGGAGGAGUUACAGGGGGUGUGGGAUAGCUCAGGUGCUUCCUACUGUGAGAGGGCCAUUCUAUGUUUGGGAGAGCCCGGCUGAAUCAGCCUGGGGGGGAUAGGGAGAUGUAUUUGGCCGUUGGCCUGUUGGUGUCGUCGCUUUUUCCACUGUUUACAUUCUGUGUUUAUCUGAGGAGCUGGAAUCAACUCUCCGCAUUUUACGAUGGGAAUAAACGUGAUGUAAAACAAGUGAUUCUCUCAGAGAAACACCAGAACGUGCCAAACAACAUGUAGCAUCAUAUAAAUAUUUAAUCUAUGUAUAUACGUAUACAAUCUGUCUUUUCAGAUCUGCGUUUCGUUGGCUACAUGAAAACAUGUUUAUAUCUCUUGAGGUCAGAGAUUCGAUUACAUGGGAAUUUAUAAAAAAUGAAUCCAUGUUUUCUCUGGUGUAGGCAACCCUUAACACAUUUGCUUCUUAUUGCCACAGCAAAAGAAUGAUACAAUUAAUGAGAUGACAGGGGGAAUAUAAGAGAUGGACCAUGUAUUGGGUCACCAUCUAUUAUUGACCAAUUCUCUGUAUAUGUCUGUUGUACUCUGGACAAUUACCACACACAACCACAAACAGACACACACACAUGCACACGCACACACCAGCAGGUUUAUGUAAAGCUAGCUGUGGAUCUAAUCAUAUGUAAUGUGUGCCUGAAUGGCACAGACCUCUUUAGUGAUCACCAGAAGGUAAUUUUCAGGGAACAAGGCCGAGGUGUAUCUUCAAUGGAUACAAACUGCUCCAACUCCUAAUUUGUCUAAUAAAAGGUUGUGCUGAGAA